GUUUUCUGCACUUUGACCUCGGCGCUCGCCUCUCUCGUCGGCUCAGACUUCAGGAGGAUUUUGCGGGUUAGCUAGAAAAUGAAAGUAUUCCUUCAAAUGAAUGGGGAUUUAGGGCUGUUUUGCUAGCCGAGCAGCCGCUACCUUUACUGUCUAAUAGGAUUUGCGGACGCCGCGGGUCACCGGCUCCUGUCAGAUAAAACCACAUACAUGUGUCGCUCCUCGUCGGGGUUUGUUUUGCUACAUAGCCUCUUCGCUUCGCGUAGCUAACAGGCUCUGUCGGCGUUACUGGUACCAACUUGAAAAAAAAAGGGACAUUACUGUUAGAUCGGAAUAAACACCUGUCUUUGGAAAUGAACUGUUGACCACUGUCCGUUUUAUUUUCUGGGACUGAUGACAGACCCACUGUCACAAUGUCCCCGAGGUCAGUUCUCACAGGUAGCGGAAGAAGCCUUCAUGGAUCAGGAAAUUUUACCAGUGGGCUAACCGAUCUGAGUUAGCCAGGUUACAGCUCACCGUGUCCGACGUCAACCUUGCAAGUAACUGACACCGUGAACUACACACUAAGCUAACCGGACAGCCUUUGGCCAGCCCGGCUACUGAGGAUUAACGUUUCCUAGCAUCACCGGUUGGCGACUAGAUAGCGUCGCCAUGGCUAACGUUACAGACCUGCAGACAAAAUACAGCAAACUGGCACAGGAGUAUUCAAAGCUACGUGCCCAGAACCAAGUGCUGAAGAAGGCGGUUGUGGAUGAACAGGCCAACUCUGCCUCACUAAAGGAGCAGCUGAAGCAGAGAGACCAGAGCCUGAGGAAGCAGGAGCAGGAGAUGGACAGUCUCAGCUUCAGGAACCAGCAGCUGGCUAAGAGGGUGGAGCUGCUACAAGAGGAGCUGGCUGCUAGUGAAGCUAAGGGCAAAAAGGGGAAGAGUAAAGGAGACUCUCCUUCACAGCACGGCCUGCAAACCCAGAGUGUUUUUGAUGAGGACCUGCAGAAAAAGAUUGAAGAAAAUGAGCGACUGCACAUCCAAUUUUACGAAGCAGAUGAGCAGCACAAGAAGACGGAGGCUGAGCUGAGGGAGCGAUUAGAAAAGCUGGAGAAGGAUGCAGAGCAGCACCAGGCCGUCGUGGACGGGCUCACCACAAAGUAUGCAGAAACGAUCGAGCGGCUGCAGAGUGACAAAGCACGUUUAGAGGUGAAAGCACAAACUCUGGAACGAGAAGCAAAAGAAUGCAGAAUGCGAACAGAAGACUGCCAGCAGCAGCUGAGGCGGUGCCAGUCGGAGCUGAACAGACAGGUGAAACAAAGCAGCAGUGUUAUCCAGGAGAAAGUGCCCUUUAAUGACACCAAAUUUAGUGACUACAACAGCCUAAACGUGCCAUCACACAAUCGAAGGCACCAGCUGAAGGCCCGGGAUGUGGCAGGCCAGGCCAUGAGCUUCAUCCAGGAUUUGGUGGCUGCUCUGUUGAACUUCCACUCCUACACAGAGCAGAGAGUACACAUCUAUCCCCUGGACUCCUCUAUUGAGACCAUCUCCCCUCUCAACCAGAAGUUUUCUCAGUAUCUGCAUGAGAAUGCAGCCUAUGUGCGCCCCCUGGAGGACAGCUUUCUCCAGUUAUACCAAAGCAUCACAGAGGACACUGUCACAGUACUGGAAACUGUGAUCAAGCUGAAAAAUUUCGCUGUCAACUUCUCGUCAUACACCCACUUUCUCCAAAAGAUUCUUCCCUACCAGUUAAAAAGCCUUGAAGAAGAGUGCGAGGCACCUCUUUGUACUGCUGCCCUUAAUGCGAAAAACCAGGAGCUGCAGAGUGACAUCAAGCGAGUGACAUCUGUGUUUGAGAAACUGCAGAACUACAUUAACCUUUUGGCCUUACCCAGUGUUCGGCAGGAUGCCAUGCCACAGAGCAACACGUCAGCCGUCUUCACCCAGCUGGCCGCCUGCCUGCACAGUCUUCAUGAUGCCAUUAAAGAGAUGUCAAAGCAUUACAACCAGAAGGCCGUCAUUGAGCGGGAGCUCCCCACCGUCACCCAAAAGCUCUGUACCACCACAGAGUGCCUCCUGGGAUCUCUGGGUUCUCUAACUAGCUGCACCGGCAAGAUUGCCACCUUCUUCAGCAACAACUUGGACUUCUUCACGUCAUCGGGCUACAGUCCGAGAGGGAGCACGGCAGCUCUUAACCCUGUCCAAGCAGAGAGUAUGCUGGCCAACAAAAAGAAGGCAACAGCCUAUAUCCAAGCUGUCAAAAAGGCCAAGCCCCAGUCUGUUCCGUACAGAGAAGCCCUGUCAAACCGUCGCAUACUAACCAGCUCCACUGAGAGCAGAGAAGGUCUCACUCAGCAGGUGCAGCAGAGCCAAGAGAAGAUUGCUCGUCUGGAGCAGGAGAAGGAGCACUGGCUGCUGGAAGCCCAGUUAGGGAAGGUGCGGCUGGAAAAGGAGAACCAGCGCAUUGCGGAACUGGAAGCGCAGCUAGCAGCAGCUCUCGGGGGAAGUCUGAACUCGCAAACGGCUGCAGCCGGCGCACUCACGCGGGGCCACGAAGAAGCAGCGGCAGAACUGAAAGCCGCAGGAAAAGAGCCAACGCUGUGCACGAGCCUGGUUGGAAUGUUGUGCACAACACCUACAGAUGAGCAUGUGGGAGACGAGGAGUCUAGGGAGCAGCUGAUAAAGAGCCACUACAUGGCCAGAGUAGGAGAGCUCACCACCCAACUCCAGAUUUCAGAUAGCAAAGCUGUGCAUUUUCACUCUGAGUGUCGAGCUUUGGCUAAGAGAUUAGCCAUUGCAGAGAAGUCGCGGGAGACUUUCAGUGAGGAGGUCAAACUGGCUAAUCAGAAUAUCACACGCUUGCAGGAUGAGCUGGCUACGACUAAGAGGAGCUACGAAGACCAGCUUAGCAUGAUGAGCGACCAUCUGUGCAGCAUGAAUGAGACUUUGAGCAAGCAGCGAGAGGAAAUCGACACGCUCAAAAUGGGCAGCAAGGGAAAUGCCAAAAAGAACAAAGGCCGCUAGUGCUGCUCCUCAAAACUCAAGCUCCAUUUGACGCCACUAUAAAGGCACCCUGGGAGAAGACCUGAACCUCAGAGCCUCCCUGCAGCGUCUUGGUACCAACACUGUCACCAAACCACAGGAUAACCACCUGAGCCUGCAGCUCCUCCACUUGCAGGCAGUACAAAACUGUUUGGAGGCUCAAACACAUUUGACUGAAAAUGCUUUGUUUUUCCUUCCCUCCUUUCCUCGUCACAGAAGUACAUGAAACAUAACAAUUUGCUAAAAAAAAAAAAAAUGCUUUCCAAAACUGGACCAGAAGUUACUGCUUGACCUCCGCGUCAAACCACGCUGCUUUCCCAAGAGAAGGAGCAGAAAAAGAUAAACAGCUGCAGCAGCUGACGUUUUUAAUACUUACUGAAGUCAAGACUUGAAGACCAAACCCUGUUAAUCAGUGCGUGUAGUCGUCCAGCUUAAUGUGCGUAUGAGAGACGGUGGAACUGUGCAUUCUUAUUGCUUAUCUGUGAGAGCGCGCGCGUGUGUGUGUGUGUGCUCAGACUGUUGUGUCCUUGUGUGACUGUAGCACCAGGCUCUACAACGUGAGUAAUGUUUUACAAAUACCUUUUUUUUGUUUCUUAGAUCAAAUUUGAGAAUAUAAUGCCCCCCCCACCACCACCACGUCCCUUCUGACACUAGAGUAUAACACAAGCUUCUGAAAAGAAGGGCUUUAAAAUCCCAACCGUAACAAAGACGUGCUUAAAUUCAUUCCUCAUUUUUAAGAAAUCUUCAGUCGUCUAGGAGUGGAGGAAAGAAAAGAUGUCUGCCUCGAAGCGCUGAUUAACCGUGUUUACUUUAAUGGGAAGGGACGGACAAGUUGGAGCUUGUGAAAUGAUGUCAAUUUAUCUCUGUGAAAUUAUGCUGUAACAAGUCAUUUUUAUCACCAAAGUAAGUGUGGAUGUGCACUCAGAAGCCUGGUGGGGAACGGCAGUCUCUCGACGUUGUACGACGUGUGGAUAAAAAAGGGUUUAUGUGAAUAUAACCUCAUUUAAAAUCAUGAUGUAAUUGUACUGUACAAUGAGUAAAAAAAUGAUAUAGGCCUAUAUACAAAAGGCAUUUAUUCAGAGGUUACAAAACUUUUAUUUUCCACAAAUUUUACAAACUGACAUCUGUGGCUAGUUUAGUGUGUGUCUCUUCUAAGGCUACAAUACAGAGAGGUAUCGCAGAGGGAUCGGCCCACACUGUAACUGGUGCUCAGAAAACUUUUGAGUCAUGGCAGAGGGCAGUUAAAGUUUACACUAAAAUUGUACUUACAUGAGGUAAAAGGAAGAAAAGCCCAGAAGUGAUUGUGAGCAGUUCAUUUAAAUCCUUUUGUUUGCCAGUCUACAGCUGCCAGCAGACCAGCAGACCUUUGAUCUGACAGGUUUGCCAACGCCCUCUAAACACAUUUAAAAAAAAAAGCAAGAAACUUGUAUUCUCACAUUGUAACUUGUUGAAAAGCACACAUAAAAUAUGUGACGCAAAAUAAAGAGCUUGCUCAAAACAUAAA